AUGGAGGAGUCCGAGAUGAGGAAGUCUGUAAGAUGGAAGGAAAUGGGCAGAAUAACUCCGACCGCAGAGGACAUCAUUUCGUCUUUCCUAACAGCCUCUGAUGAGAAUCAGAACAAACUGCAGGAGGCAGAGGUUAUGGACUUGGACAACUCCGAGAACAGGAACCCAGAAGAGAGGUCUCCAGCAAACAUCAAGAGCCAUAGCUGCUCUGUAGAUCAUGGCAGUCUCUCUGGGAUUGAACCACCUGGGCCUAGUCCUUCUCUUCUGGCUGCACUGCAGUCCUUCGUUGAACACAAUGAUCACAUGCUCCUCCCUCAUUCCUUACACCAGGUGUGUGCACUGGGACGUUUCCAGGCAUCCUGCAUACCUGACUGUGGAAAAACUAAACCUGAAGAAUGUCACAUAGCUGUAGCUUUUUUGGUACAAAGGUUUUUUUUCUUGAAAUAUCAGGAACUAUGUCUAAAGUCUCAGAGGAAAAUCAUCGUCCAAACCGAAAGUAACUCUCCUUUAAACUCUAAUGGAACUAACAGAGAGAGAGAGCAUAUGGAACUGUUGAGUCAUAUCUGCAGUACACACCAGAGACCUAACCUCUUUUUGGAAAAGAACAUGGACGACAUAAGACUUCACAACAGCCCAACCCUUGUGUCAGAACACAGAAGAUCAAAAUCAGAACAAGCUUCAGUGAACUCAACCGAGAGAGAAACCCGGGCAGAUGACUGCUCAUGGCUGGGAGCUGAACAGGAGCCAGAAGAGGACUGUGAAUUGAAUGUGGAGGAGGAAGAGGACGAGGAAGGUCUUGAGGAGGAUGAGUGCUGGAAUGAGGAGCUGCAGGAUGACACAGUCGUUGAUGGCCAGGUUCCUGUGGAUGAGCUGGCCAACCAUAUUCAGAGAUUUUCCUCAAAUGGCUUAGUCUCCAUUUUAAAGAAGAGAGUCUACGAGAAUGGCUUGCCACUAAAAGACUCAACCAUAUGCAGAGUCCGCUUUAGAGAGCCAGAUGAUACUUCCGAUCAAGAUGAGUCGGCCAGAAACUCUUGCCUCAUCCUUCUCAUCUUGUGUCUGGUUACCGUGGUGAUUAGCAUGUGUGGGACUGCUCUUUAUUGUCUCGUUGGAGGGGCGUACUCAAACGUGUGUGCUGACUUCUCGCAAAACGUGGACUUUUACUUUGGACCUGUACGACGAGGAAUGGACGCUCUCGCACAGUGGCUCUCUUCUGAUGCAUCAUAGCAGCUAUUUUAUGCAGUGGAACUAUUUCUUCAUAUUAUCAUUUCCAAUGAUUAACAACAGUAUUCCUCUUGAGAUAAUAUGCACUAAUGUACAUUACCAGACGGGCCUUAAUAAAUGUUGCUUUAGUGAGUCACACAGGGCUUCCUAAUGC